AUGCCAACCUCGCCGUUUGACAUCUUCCUCUCUCCUCAGCGUCCGCUCACUUCCCACGCGUCGAUGCCGCCGUCUGGCUAUCCUACUCAACCAGCUCGCCUGUGCUUGCUCGACUCGCUCCCAGCUGCUCACGCAACCACCUCUCCUCGAGUUCGCGUCGUCGGCCGGGUAGUCGGUCUCCUUCCCUCGCAAUCGCUCGCGCUCCUCGCAGACGGGUCGAGCGCCGUGUUGGUUGAUCUCUCGCUCGCUGUGUUGCACGGCGAGGCUCCCCCGCCGAGACUAAAGGACAGAUUGAUGGUCACUGGAGAGAUGGUUGCGCUCUCUGACCCCCUUCCCGUCCCCGACCUCGCUAUCCCGCUCGCUUCAUCCUCCACACCCCCUUCCAUCGACCCUUUCAUCGUCCUGAAAGCCGAGCGGAUCCAGGAAUGCGAGGAGCUGGAUAUGGAGGGGUGGAGGAAGGCCGUUGAGGUUGUGCAGGCGCGUUUGGCUGGAGCGUGA